AUGUUUCGCAUAGCACUAUUAGUAUCAAGGGCUGGGGGAAUGCGCCAGUUCAUGACAGCUCUUAGAACUACGAUCCAAACCUCGACUCCUACAAGAUCAGCUAUUUUGCGAAAUCUACCACAGCGAUCUAUAACAACAUCCUCUACCUCUACUCCUACAAAUUCCCUCCGCACAAAGUCCCGUCCUCAUACAACAAACUUUACAUUCUCUUCGAAUCCUCGACCCCCCCCAAAAACAUUAUUUCAACGUCUUCGCACAAGGACCAAUAGAUAUUUUCACAAUUCAAGGCGGAGGAGGAAUGGAGAGGCAAAGGCAGAAAACUAUGGGGAUGAAACUACAUUAUCUGGAAGAAUGAGGAAAUUGAGUAGGGAAUAUGGUUGGAGUGUGGUAGGAGUAUAUGUCUUUUUGUCUGCGGCGGAUUUCCCAUUUUGCUAUUUAUUGGUUCGGACGCUGGGAACGGAUAGAAUUGGUGAAUGGGAACAUAUUGUUACUUCAAACGUCAAGAAAAUGAUACCCGAGUCCGUCAAAAAUGCCUGGCACGAAUGGCGAACCGCCAUGAAAAAAGCCGAACAUGAAAUUACCGGCUCGGACAAGGUUAAUGACGGUCUAGAGAUGGCUGGAUGGGGUGUACAGGAAGCCGAGGAAAAAAAUAAAAAAGAUGCAAGUCUUGGUACACAACUUGCUCUCGCAUAUGCCGUUCACAAAUCUUUUAUUUUCAUUCGAGUGCCAUUGACCGCAGCGAUUACUCCCAAGGUAGUGAAGAUGUUGAGAGGAUGGGGUUGGGAUAUUGGGAAGAGGACAAGCAAGGAGACGAAGGCUAUCAAAAGGGCUGCUCAUGCUGCGAAGCCGCACAUUUGUCGUCCAAUCGGACAACAACGGAACCCAAUUUCCAAGCUGGCUUUCAGACGGGUAUUGUACCCCGCCAUUCCUCACAUCGUGGCUCCGAACGCUAGAUUGUCUGCUCUGGCACGACAUCUGAUUCCCAAUUCCAAUCUCAACCAUAUUUCAACGGAUCCGUUAUCGAUUUCUACAGCAGUACAGUCGAGAAGCUUAAGUGAUAGCUCGAAAUAUAAGGAACUUGAGGAACAGGACAAUAUUACCAUUAUGUCGAAUCAGCCAGCUCAUGCUACAUUGCUCAUUCCGGGCCCAAUCGAGUUUGAUGAUGCGGUGUUGCAGUCGAUGAGCCAUUAUAGCGAGAGUCACGUCAGCGCACCCUUCGUAUCAGUCUUCAGCGAGACGCUCUCUAUGCUCCGCAAACUCUUCCAAUCCACCUCCCCCACCGCCCAACCGCUCGUGAUCUCCGGCUCCGGCACCCUCGGCUGGGAUCUCGUCGCGGCCAAUUUGGCGGAACCAGGUGACGAGGUCCUCGUUCUACAUACAGGCUAUUUCGCAGAUUCGUUCGCCGACUGCUUUGAGACGUAUGGGGUGAAAGUCACGCAGCUCAAGGCGCCUAUUGGAGAGAGACCGCAGUUGCGCGAGAUUGAAACCGCGUUGCGGGAGAAGAAGUAUAAGUUGAUUACGGUUACGCAUGUAGAUACAUCGACGGGGGUUCUGAGUGAGUUGCAGAUGCUCAGUGAGAUGGUGCAUCGCGUUUCGCCCGAUACGUUGGUUGUGGUGGAUGGCGUUUGUAGUGUGGGGUGUGAGGAGAUCGAGUUUGAUAAUUGGGGACUGGAUGCGGUUAUUACGGCGAGUCAGAAGGCUAUUGGUUGUCCGGCUGGUUUGUCCAUUUCGUACUAUAGUGGACGUGCUAUUGAGAGCUUUAAGGCUCGGAAGGUUCCACCAGGAUCGUAUUUUGCUUCGUUUAAGAAUUGGUUGCCGAUCAUGCAAAACUACGAAGCCAAGAAACCCUCGUACUUCGCUACCCCCUCUCCCCAACUAAUCCACGCCCUCCACACAUCUCUCACGCAAAUCCUCUCCAUUCCCCUCUCAGAACGCUUCGCUAAACAUAAAGCCACCUCUCUCCAAAUCAAAAAAGCAGUUGCGGAUCUCGGGCUCAAACAAUUGGCCUCAAACCCUGCGGAUCAGGCAAAUGGUAUGACGGCCAUUUACCUACCCGAAAAUGUUAAGAUUCCGGAUUUGUUGCCGAAUUUGGUGAAGAAGGGUGUGGUUUUUGCGGGGGGGUUGCAUAGGGAGAUUGCGACCAAGUAUAUUAGGGUAGGUCAUAUGGGGGUUAGUGUUAUGGAUGAGGGGAGGGGAGAUGUAACGAGGGCGAUUGAGGCGUUGGGGGUGGGGUUGAGGGAGGCGGGGUAUGAGAAGGUUUAG